GUCGACAGAUCCACUCCUGGCUCCGGCGGGGCGCAUCAUGUUGCAGAAGAUCAGGAGGUCGAGUUCCUCGUGCAGCAGAUCCGGAGCCUCUGCCACGACAGAAAAGGCAUCCGCCACGAGAUGGAGCAGCUAGACCAGCGAUGCCGUACCGAGGCUGUGGAGCUCCGUGCACAGCUCUCUGCAGCUCAGGCGCGUUUCGCGGCCACGAAACUGGAGAGCGAUCGCCUUCGCAGGGAGCUCCCCGGGCCAAGGGAUGAAG